UGUGUGGUUUAGUGUUAGUUCUAAAAAACUGAUUCAUUUGAAUUAUUAUGGAUGAUUCCCCGACAGGGACGUGCGGGAGCAAGUGCACUUCUUUGCCUCUUUGGAAAAAAAUCGAAGUUUUGGACCGCUAACCGGCGGUACCAGCACUCCACAAAAAAGACAAGACAAUUGCUCCGCAUUGGGAGCUCCCAAGCUGUAUUAUCAAAGGAAGACUACAUUAUUAUUGCGUGUAUCGAAGCUAGCAUUCUAGUAGUCCCAUACUAGUACUGCCCAAGAUGGUGGUCUCACUAGCUGCCCAAGGUCCAGAGCCCGGAUCAUUGACGUUCAAAGGGAUGUCGUCUCCUUAUCACAGGACACAGACGCCCUCCAGUAGCAGCACUGAUCCGGAAGCAGCUCCAGCCACCAAACAACAAUCAUCAGCACCAUCCGCAUCCACAUCGAUCAAACGAAUGAACACGGACGAACGAAAACGAUCGUCGCUGGCGGGGAUGGCGACCCUCGCCCGUGUGAUGACCAAGUUAUCGAACAAGGUGGAUGCCUCCCGCAAUCGACUGCGAAAUUCGUCUCGCAGUGCCGGUGCCCAUGGCGAACAAAUGCGACGAGCCGCUCUUUCCGCCCGUCGUACUCGUUCCUUUUUCAACGAUCCUCAGGCCCGCCUCAAAGCGGUGCUUUCACCCGAAACGGCGCCAUUUCUGAGUUCCCGCCUGAACCAACUCAUGCCCACGCAAGUGUAUCGAUUACAAGACUUUGAUUUCAAUCUGAAUAAAGUCCUCGAAGACGGAGAGUUCUAUCAAACACACGAAGCCGUCUUUUCCAGACAACGCAGCAAUCCACAAUCACGGAAACAUCCGUAUCGAAUCAAAUUCAUUCAUCAAACCGUCAUUGGACAGUCGGACGAAGAUGAAGUGGCAUUAGAACGAGCGGCCACCAAAAUGAUGACAGAAGGACUCUAUUUGGCACAUCUGUCACAUCUCAAUAUUAUCAAAUUGCGGGGCGUCAAUUCCGGUGGACUCUCCUCCUUACAGCACGAACAACCCGAAAAUUUCUUUUUCUUGACAGAUCGAUUGGGAGAAACACUCCCCCAACGAUUGGAAACUUGGAAAAAGUGGGCCACUGCUUUGGAAAAAAUGGAACGACGGAGACGAAAUCGGGCCAAGUACCCAGCUCCUCUGGUUCCCAAAACGGGAGAGAGUUCGGCGCAAACCAUUCUACGAGACAAGUCCAUACGCACGUAUCCAGAAGACGUCAUUGUCCUCAAAACAAAUUAUGCCUUGCAGAUACUCCAUGCACUGUCCUAUUUGCACGAACGACGCAUUGUUGUGCGAGAAUUGAGACCGGAAGCCAUUGGAUUCUGUGCCUAUCCACAUCAUCAUACCGUACAACUCAUUGAUUUGACGAGUUGUCGGGAAAUUCCAAAAGAACAAACCAGCAUUCCUCCCGAACCAGAUUGGCAAUCGGCGUUGCGGCCCAAUAUGAGAACGCUCAUCAUGCCCGAUGUGUCACAUGCCACCAAUGAGUCUUCCCGGUGCUUGUCGCCCGUGGCCGAAGACGACAACCACAUGGAGGGAUUUGAAAUUAUUCAUAAUCCCAUUCAGACGGCUGAUUUUACAAUCACGACCAUUGGUGGCGGCCAAUACAGCCGAGGACUGGACGACAGCGCGUCUGUUGGACAGAGCGUCGACGGUUCUUCGCUGGCAUCCAUGUCUACUGCAGCACGGCAUCUUAAAACCGUUACCGAAGAAGAAUCGUCACCACAGCGAAUAGUACUACUCACAAGCAGCAACAAACAAUCCUCCGACACGUCCCUCCGGUCGAGUCUGAAUGUUGAAGAUCUCAUGAUGCAAGACGUCUCCAUGAUGUCUACGGAUGAGCACGGUUCGCAGCGACGCUUGAGGACUGAAGAGAGUUCUGCCACAAAAGCACUACAAAGAGAUCCUCCAAAACCAAACAACAACAACAAGAAGGAAUCAUUAGGUGGCACCGGAAGCGGAAACGAACGCCGAAAAAACAUGAGACCCUCUUUUCUGACAGCAGAACGGCAAUUCUCACUCCACAGCCUAGCGCCAGAUACAACAACGUCGGACGAAGAUUCGCAGCGACCAGACGACACUGAAAAUUCAGAAAAACAAACAGAUGGAGACAAGGUACCAGCUUCCGAUUCCACGUUUAUGAGUGCACUCGGCCAUGCCACUUGGAACCCUUCGAGAUUCGCAGCGGUGGAAGACGAUGAAUCCACGACAAAUGACGAAGCCCGGUCAUUGCCACCACGAGCAGCAGACUCCAUGAUGGAUCAUCAUCAUACAGAGGACAAGUCGUCAGGGUCAACCAACACUCACCACGAUGGCAAUGUUUUUGGAGUCAGAACAACCGUUAUGGCAAGGAGAUACAUUGCACCCGAGCUGUUUGGAGGGAUCAAAGGGGCAAAACAAGAAGGCUAUGACACACAAGCAGACAUAUACUCGUGGGCCAUGAUCUUUACGGAGCUCUUGACAGAAAAUCGACCCUACUCAUCUCGACAACUCACCCGCGAUUGGCAUCGUGUUGUGGCGGGUAAAUUACGACCCAACAUUCAAAAGUACCACUAUCCCAGAGUUGUCAAGGGUGUUGUUGAACAGGCUUGGCAAGCUCGUCCUGAUAAACGUGGUACAGCCGAGCAACUCUCCAAAUCCAUGGAACGCAUCUUGCUAAUGCUUGAAGGACGAAGCAAACCGUGGGAUAAAUCCGCCAAAGAAAAGGAAGAGUUUCAGAGAGAAAAGAACACAACUGGUAAUGCGCUAGAUCUCCUCCGCAAGUCCAGUGCAGAAGACGUCGCAGUGAGGAACAAGGCACCGACACUUCCCGAACGUGCCUCAAAGUACAAGAGAUGGAUGGCAAGGGAGCCACAAAUGUGGACUGAUCUGUGGGAUCCACGAAGCAAAAGGUCCCAAGGUGAUGAAGAAGAUAUAAUGGCGGAGAUCCAAGGCGAGAAACAGGGCCUCUUCGCAAAGAAACUGAAACAAAAAGCUACCCCCGGAAUCUAGCUGGGACUACGAAGAAGAAAGCAAGGUGCCAUUCCCACAGGUUUUUAGUUUUUGUUGAUACCGUAAAAUAUUGUAAAUACUGCAGCAAUAAUAAGAGCCAAGCAAUCAAAUUCCUCUCAAUCUGGAGC